CGUCAAUUUGAUAUGAGUUAUCAGUCAGAUGAAUAGUGAACUUUGUGCUCAAGUAAUUGUUAAACUUUUGUAAGUUGUUUUUUAACUAUUAAACGUAGUGUUUAGCAUGUAACAUGACUAAAAAUGUCGAAGUUAUCAGAAAUAAGAAUACUUUACGAGGCGAAAUUAAAAGAAGUGGUACCAACACCGACAUUCGAUCCAAGGGAUUUGGAAAAAGUAAAAAAUGAUAAAUACUUAUACAGGGUACUAGAACACCACUCGAAUAAUGUCCAAAUGGCCGCUGAUAUGUUAUUUAACAUCAUGGUGUGGAGAAAAGAAAAUAAUAUUAACGAUAUAAACGAAAGCACCGUAAAUCUGGACGUUCUUAAACAAGGCCUUUAUUUCCCACACGGUCGAGACAUAGAUAGUUGUUUGCUUCUAGUUAUGCGUUCAAAGGUUUACGCAAAAGGUCAAGACGUUGAGGCAGUGAAAAAAGUUUUUAUAUACUGGCUGGAGAGACUGGAACGUGAAGAAGGCGGGAAGAAAAUUACAUUAUUCUUUGACAUGGAUGGCUGCGGUGUGAAUAAUAUGAACAUAAAUAUCAUCAGCUACAUGAUAAACGUUUUGAAGUGUUAUUAUCCAAAUUUCAUUAAUUACGUUAUAAUAUUUCAAAUGCCAUGGAUUCUAUCGGCGGGUUUCAAAAUCGUGAAGGAAAUGUUGCCAGCGCAAGCGAUUGAAAGGCUGCGAAUGGUGAAUAAAGACAAAUUGAAGGACUUGGUAGCGCCGGAGCAAGCGCUGGUCAGUUGGGGAGGCAAGGACACUUACAAAUUUACAUUUGAGCCUGAAGCAAAAGGAAACGAACCGAUCAAAAUACAAGAAGACGACAAUUACUCCCCCGGUGAAAUGUUACGUUUGAAACCGACGAAAACCCUACAGUUCAACUUCAUAAAUAACAAAAUAACAGCACAACUUAUUAUCACGAACAUGGAUGAUUCGUUAAUAGCGUUUAAGAUUAGAACGACGGCGCCUGAAAAGUACGCCGUGCGACCAAGCAGUGGUAUUCUACCGACGCGAGUAUCACAGAGUAUAGAAAUAAUCUUACAAUCGGGCUUCGAAAUCGACUCCGUUGAUAAAGAUAGGUUUCUUAUAGUGUCCGUACAUGUGCCUAAACUGAACAUGUCACAAAAAGAGCUGAGCACGAUUUGGAAAACUGCGGGCAGUAAUAUAGAUGAAUAUAGGCUGAAUUGUGCAAGUUUAACACAAAAAGCGACUCCCACAGUGAGCACAACAGGUGAUGUAUCUACUGUAUCUGUGAGUUUGCAAAAUGAUUUCAAUAAAUUACGUAAAAGCUUGAACUUUGUUAAAUGGUUUCAACUUCUAACAAUCGUCUUAAUGGUCGGUAGUAUUGUAUUGAAUGUGAUAAUAUACAAGAAUUCCAGGCAAUGUGAUAAAAUUUGACAUUUCUACUUACAAAAGAAUUUAUUUAUACAAUGAUUGUUAUAGUAGUCAACUUGUAUAUGAAAUCAUAUUCAAAUUUGUUCAAAUAAUGAAGUGAGACUGACUAAACAUUUCUGUGCAUUUUGAAUGCCAUUUGUGUGUGUUUUUUUUAUCAACAAAUUAUUGUUAUUCCUUCAUCUAAACGUAUGUAGCAUUUAAAUCUUACUAUAUAUUUAUAAAUAGUAUACUUGUUUGUCAGUACCACAUAAUUAUAUAUAUUAUAUAUAGCCUAUAGCAUGGGAUCACAUACAAAUCUAAUAGUGAAAGAAUCAUUAUAAUUGGUCAAAUAGUUCCUGAGAUUAACACCUUCAAGCAUAUAAAGAAACUCUUCAUAUAUUAAUAUAGAUUAUAUUUUUCAAGACAGUAUAUUAAAUAGGUGCUCUUUUUAGAAUAUUGUACUUGAGAAGGUCUAUUAAAUAGUGAUAAAUUUAAAAUUAUGUGAACAAAUUUUUCCUAUACUCUUUAAUUUCUUUAUCAUUUUAAAUAUGAACGAUAGAUUUAAUAUAGUUGACUAAGAUUUCAAUACCUACUUAUAAUAAUGUUUUUAAAACUAAAUGAAAGGAAUUUAAAAAGUAAAACAGGAUUGAUUUUUUUUGCCUUGUCUUGUUUUGUUAACAAAUCUCUUUAAUUUUGUGUAUUUUCGCAUAUUCGCUGUAAUAACUUCCUUUUUUCCCACAUUGUUCCAACAGUAUUUUUUUGUAUUUAUAUAAUGCACUAUAACUUUGUUUUUUGACAAAUCACAUAAUGCAGGAUCAAAUCUGGUAUCAACAAUGUUUUUUUUUCUUAUUUACUUUCGCAAUUUUAAAAAUGUUAUAAAAUGGUCCAAUAACUUUAAAUGAAUAAUAAAAUUAUAAGUAAAAUAAAGCAAAGCUAUCUCUUUCUAUCAUACUAUGUUAACCAUUAUUAGACGAAGAUAAAAUAUGUGAUAAGGCCAAUUUUUUAUAUUUUUUUUAUCUGUCAGUAAAGAUAAGGGUUAAUAACUUUUUAUUUAUGAAAUACAGAUAAAUCUAUUACGCGAUAAUAAUAGUACCAAGAUCACAGAGCCUCUUAGACAACUUAUUUUCGAAAAAUCUAAAGCAUACAACUUUCGGUUCAGUAUUCUCUUGUGUACUGUUUAAUACCUGAAUGUUUCACGAAUGAAUGUUACCAGUGACUACUGUGAAAAGUUUCAGAAAAUAAGUUGUGUCUUGCGGAUCUUACCCUAUAAUAUUUAUAUAAUAUAUAUGCCUUAUGUUACUUAGUAAUUAGUUGAAAAAAAAGAAUUGAAUUUAGAACAGUAAAUUUUUUUACAAAUUUCCUAACUCACUGCCAUGUAGAUUGAUGUCUAUGAAAUAUUGUAAUUUUAUACACUGAAUACAUUAAUUAUAUUUGUAAUAAAUUUAAUGAAUAUUUAUUAUAACUACAUAGUAUAUUAUGACAUUGAAUAUUUAAUGUUGUUAAAAGUGUGCAUAUAAUGUAUGAGUGUUGUUGUGAUACAAUUGUUACAGAAUAAAUUAAAGUAGGUAUUAGGGUUGCCACUUGCAUAGUAAGUUAAUCGCAUCCGUAUCAUUUCUUACAGAAUACAGUACUAAAUAAAUAAAUAUUUAUUCAUUUAAGUAUACAGUACUGUUGCGCUAUCAACAAGUGGAUUUAAAUAAGUGACGUUAAAAAUUAAUCAAAACGAAAUUGUGUUUUAGUAUUUAUUUUAUAAGUUAUCUAUGCUUCAAAUCAGUAACAGUUUUUAAUGAAAAAUAUUAAGUUGCUUUUUAAGUCACAAAAGCUAGCAACCCUAUGUAUAUUUUAUUGGGAAAAACUUAACAGAAAGAUGUAUAUUUUAUGGGGUAAAAGGCCGGUUUACGUUAUAAUAAUUGUAAUAUAUUAUAAGCUAUGACAACUACACAGGGUGAAUAUUGUUGUAACGUUUAUGAAAUAUAUUAUUUGAUUGAC